AAGCUGGCGCCCCUCAAUGCGAAGGAGAUUGUCCACAUGCGCGUCUACACUUGUGACGACUGCGCAACCGAGCUGGCCCACAACAAUGGGUACGCAGCCAAGCUCAUCAAGUCUGGUGCCAAGCGCAUUUGGGGCGUGUUCGAGACUGGUUCGGAGGGCGAGGCCAAUAUCUGGGCGGAAGACGGAGCCUCAUCCGUUCAAUACCAUGCAGCCAGCAUGCCACUCACCGGGUGCCCCUGUGCGACCAAGUUGCUAAGUCGACCUCUGUGCCACUUCCACCGACUACACUAUGCUGAGCUGGCAAUGAAACAGGCGGCAAUUAUGCAUGAAUGGAGGAUGUGUCGCUUCGGCAAGCCAGUUUGCCCAGUGUGCAUCACCACCAACAAGUUGAGAGACGUCAAUGUCUCAGCCGACCACGGGGGCUUCCCGUCGACAAACGGAGGGGCUACAGCCUGGGCGUGCCUUGUGUGCAACGACUGGGUUGUGAACCAGCGAAAUGACCACAACAACAAGCCUCAACUGGUGCAAGGAUCCUGGGAUGACGGUCGUCAGGCCAGUGACAUGAUCCCCGGCAAGAACACCGACGAGGACGUGGAGACGGCAUAGAUAUUUCACGGGCAGAGGCGUAGGACAACGCGGAGCAACCUAGACAGCGAGUCGGUUUUCGGGCUAGAGAUUUAGUAGACCCUAGAUGGCAGAUCAAUUUUCAGAAAGAACAUUCAGCGGCAUCAACCGGACCGAAUACCAAAAUAGACAUACCUAUUCUUCAU